AUGGUGCAAAGAAAAGCACCUGAUGAACCUCAAUCACACUCUCACCUUGUCAGCCACGAUGUUAAAUCACAAUGCCAUGCACCACCACCUUCUUCUAAUCAACAAGAAGCUGCACAAAUUAAGGGAGGAGGCAAUAUCAAGAAGACGAUGAUGGAGAAACUAAUAACAAGCACUUUGCCAAACUAUAUGAAACAUACCUGCAGUUCAGGUGCGAAGAAUUCUUGUUCUUUGAAGCCAUCACACUCUGCUUGCAAUGUUUGUUCUUAUACAUAUUGUUGUUUGAAUGGUCAUGGAAGACAUGAUGAGCUUCGGCGGCUUCCAUUGAAACGAUUCCUAUCAGAAAGAAGAAGGUUGAUGAAUAAUAAACAGGAUAUAGAGUUGAAUAGUGAUUUCUUUAUAGAGAUUCAUAAUAAACCACCGCAAGUGAAGGAUAUAGACGUGCAAAGUUUAGAAGAAGUGAAUGUUAUGAUGGACUUUCCAGCUUAUGACUCUGGAUCGGUUUCUGAGAGCCUGGAACAAACAAAGAUAGAGAAUGAACAAUUGAAUGAAAUAGAGGUUGACAUUGAACAAGAAGAUGAAGAUGGAGUUAUGGAUGCUGAACCUGUACACCUCACUGAGUUUGAUAACAAAAGGAAGAGCAGGAAUGAAUCACAGUAUUUACAAGUAGAAUCUGAGCCUGAAGCAGAGAAGGUUGAUCUCAAACAUCUAGUGAUGUCUGAGAGGAGAACAGCUGAGGAGUGGAUGAUAGAUUAUGCUCUUCAAGAGGUUGUGAACAAGUUGGGUCCUGCACGGAAGAGCAAGGUUGAACUUCUCGUUGAAGCUUUUGAGAUUAUAAGACCAACGCCAGAGUGUGAGCUACCACCCAAGCAUGCUCAGCAAAGACCUAGAAAGCAAAAAGGAUGUUGUGAGUCAGUGCUGGACGUAUAAAUAAUCUAGAGUUCUUUGCAUUUGUGACCACUAGUCAUCUG